UUGAGCAAUUUCCGGACACCGUCCCGUCACAAAAUGUUUCCCCUCACAAAUACAGGAAGAAAGCCUGUCUGUUUCGGUUUGCGAACACGAUGUUUCGUCGCAUUGUUUAAUCGGUGUUUUGGCAUCGCUCGUUUCGUAUCGAAUCAUAAAUGGAUUCCAGGGCUUCUGAAAGGGUGAAGUCUGCGCCCUUGAGACGAUCGACAAGGAUCUCCUCGGUGUUUCAUGAGCCGACCCCCAGGAGUCCCAUCAAGGGGGCUAAGAGGCGUUUAGAGGCCCGACCUCCUGCUGCAGCUGUCAAUGGUUCCAGGGAUGUGGAGAGUGGCUCAGAGGAUGAAGGAUACCCGAGCAAGAAACGUCAUCUGGAGACAGAAGAAGAAGAAGGCGGCAGUGGUGAUGUGAAUGAGAUGGAUGUCCAGGAGUCAGCUGAAGAGCUGGAGAGAAAUGAAGACCAGGAAAUGGAUAUUGGGCAGGAUUCCUCUCAUGACACUCAUCAUCCAAAAAUAUGCCAAGGUGCCCAAGGAGAUGUGAAUUUAUCUCCUCGUGUUGUGCUUGGUGAACGCUACCGACCUAGUCAUUCUGUAAAUGAAGCCAACAGAGAAAACACAUCAACAAAAGGACCACAGAAGGACGUCAAGUCUGCCACGCAAAUCAGACCAGCAGCGAAAAGACAUGAUGUACCGAUUCCAAAGACCAGCAUGGAGGAGUACAGGAGGAAGAUGGAAGGCAAACCAACAGUUAACAAUCAUGUCUCCAGCAUGUAUCCAGCCUCAGAAAAAGCCUACACAACACGACACCGUGUGAAUAACCUUCCGACCCAAAAAGAGGCUUUUCAGCACAUAAAACAAGAGAAAAAGAAACCUCCUGUGACCAAAACAAGGCCUGCACAUUCCUCUAGAGGAUUCUUGUGGUAUCUCUGCAGUUUGUGUCUCUUGAUACUGCUCAGUUCUUCUGCCAUCUUGCUGGCGUACAUGAUCGUUCCCGUACUCAGAGGGACUGCAGGCGGUGGAGAGCAUCCAUCCAGAGCUUUAACACCAGAAAAGUUUGCCGAUCACUUGACUGUUCUAGAGACUCAGUUCCCCAGUCAGCGGCCUGACGUGUGGAAGCGGAGCAAGAUCCACCUGGAGAAGCACCUCAACACAGCCCAGCCCACAGAGCCAGUAAGUCUGAUUUUUACUGCCGGCCUCAGAGCCGAAAGGACGCUGCUCUGCCUGGCUCAGGGUCUGGCCUCUGCCUUCUCUUCUGCCCUCAACGCCUCUGUCCUCCACAUCGAUGGAGCCAGUAAAGCCAACCAGGACAGCGAUGGCGUGAAGCUGGAAAUUGACAGCCAGUUUCGAGCAGCUUUUGAAGGAGACAAACCCGUGGCGCUCAUUCAUCGCCUUGAAGAGCUGCCUCCGGGAUCCACGCUCAUUUUUUAUCGCUACUGCGAUCAUGAGAACGCCGCCUACAAACGAGUGUUCUUGUUGUUUACUGUGCUACUGCCCCACGACGAGGUCAGGGCUGACCAGAGUUUGAAGGAAGUGGAGGAGAUGGUGCACGACUAUGUCAAAGAAAGGCUGGUAGGCGAUGGCAGCCAAGCUGCUUUCAACGACAUGGACAUCGACAAGUAUGGUGGACUGUGGAGCCGCAUUUCCCAUCUCAUCUUGCCUGUGGUGUCUGAGAAGGAGGUGGAGGAGAAAGGAUGCUGAUGAACAAGCUUGCAUCACAGAGGAAUACCAGGGAACCACUUUUAACCAGCCUCAUCCUUCUUGACAAUGUGCAGGAGCAAUGAAAAAGAAGGAACAUGUAAGUAUAACGUGUGCUGUUAUGUUUGACAUAGAUUUGUGUUCAGAUGUUCAAAGGUUGUAAUAAUCUGUCUUUGUCAUGGAUGAGAUUGUCCUCAUGUUGAAGUCCAAUGUUGGUGAUUCAGUUUGACUGCUCACAGAGAUGUCUAGCACUGAGUAUUUUUUUACAAAUGUGUACAUGUACAGGAAAUGCAAAAGGAUGUAACAGUGGUGUUACGCCAUCAUUCCACGCUCAAAGUAGGGCAGGACAUUUAUAUGCUAAUACAGAUUAAGCAUACAGCAAACAAGAUGUGAUACAUUUGUAGAGAUGCAUGAUAUGUAUGUUUUUCAGCUGAUACCAAUGAUCAGCAAUUACGUGCUUCCAAUGUGCGAUUCCAUUAAGCAAACUUUAAGUGGGCUUUUUUUUUGUUUUUUAAAAAAGUAACUAUGCAAUCCUGAGAGUAAGAAAGGCGUAAGUGAAUGGUGACGAUUUUAAUAUUUGAUAGCCCUAAUGAGACUUGGGAACAUGUAUUAUCUUUCUUUGAAGCUGUAAAAAUAACAUCCACACUGGUGACGACAUGUUUGGACAUUUAGUGUGUAUCGCGUGCUGCUACACAGGUGCAGCAGUUUGACGUCAUGUGAGCACCAACAGCGUGCUGCGCCUCCUCUUCAUCUCCUUUCUUUGUCUUCUUCUCUGGGUGUAAUGGCACACCACAAACCAACUUUAACUGUGCAUUCCACGACUGCCAGUAUGUAGAUGCAGUCUAUGGUCAGUCAUUGAAAGCAAUCUAGCUAUUAUCGGCAUUAUUUAUCUUCUUUUAUAUAAUUGGCGUCAUAAUAAUAAUAAUAGAUAAAUAUGAUCUAAAAAACAUUAUAUAUAUCAUGCAUUGCUAUAAAUUAUUGUUUGCUUUGUUCUGUACCAUAAAUCUGCAUCAACAGCACUUCUUUCAAACAGACAUUUCCAAUCCAAGGAGACAUUUUUGGUAAGUGAUCAGUAUUGAUUACUCUGGUUUGUGCUAUGAAAUUAAAAGAAGCUAUUUAAUUUUCUGUGAACAUGUUUGUUUUAGUUGGAAAUUAAUGUUUAUUGUUCUGUAUCAAAUCUAUCAGGUGACUGCUGUCUUACUGUUGUAAUGUCUCUGUCUCAUGUCCCCAUGGAGAUGUGUGUCCCUUCAUUUCAUUCUUCUGUGUAUGCGAACAGUUUGUUUUUGCACUAAAAAUGUUUGAUUUUGCUUUAAAUAUCCAUCUUAUGAAGAGUACUGGCUUUUUUUAAAAAAAAAGAGAGAAAUAUUUUAUAUUCUUUGUGUUUCUCUGAAUGUGUGUAUUAGUGAUAUGUUGUCUCUUUUGCUAGAUUGGAAUAUUUUUGAUAGCUCUGUAUAUAUAUAUUGGAUAUAAAAUGGUUUGUUCUUUGCACCUGAAAUGCAAGAAACCUCUAAAUCGUACUUACAAUGUUGUCAACUAGUAAACAUACAGGUUCUCACUAAGUGAUUUGAAUUUGUAAAGAUAUUUGACUAAAUUUUAGUCAGCAAGUCGCAAGAUGUGCCUUAAACAUUCAUAUUGAGAAGAUGAGACCAUUUGAGAAGUACCAAAACACAGAUCAAUCAUUUGAUAACUAUCUUGACAACGUCACAACCCAAACAAGGUUCCUAGUGGUUAAAUAUGUGCAAAUUUCAGUUUCAAAGUACAGGAAAUUGUUUUUUUUGCUACUCAUUCCUCUUACGUUAUCCCUCUGAAAUGAAUUCUGUUGUGCUCAUAUGAAUAUGUGUACAUUUUCAAUAAAGAUUAUUUUGAUAACUACUUGA